ACAGCGAGUACUGGCACAGUGUGCAGAAAGGAUAUAAGCAUGGCGUUCCUGAAGAAAAGGAAACUUGACAGAACUGAGCAGGACAGUGAGUACUUCCAGUGUUACUCUGAUAUCACAGUUCAUGAAGAAAUGCUGUCGGACACCGUACGAACAAAUGCAUACAAGACAGCCAUAUUUCGCAGCCAGGACUGUUUCUUUGGUAAAACCGUGCUGGACAUCGGUGCUGGCACAGGUAUCCUUAGUAUAUUCUGUGCGCAGGCCGGAGCGAGUAAAGUCUACGCGGUGGAAGCCAGCACUGUGUCCCAACUGGCGUGCGACGUUGUAAAGCACAAUGGAAUGGAGGGUAAAAUAGAAGUGAUCUGCAACCCGGUGGAAAAUGCCGAUAUACCAGGUGAAGUAGAUGUUAUUGUCAGCGAAUGGAUGGGGUACAGUCUUAUGUAUGAAUCAAUGCUAAGCUCUGUGUUGUAUGCCCGUGAUAAAUGGCUUAAACCUGGUGGCCUGAUAUUCCCAUCCCUUGCGGAUCUCUUCAUUGUGCCUAUUAAUGACACCACAGUGGAGGAGCGGCUGGACUUUUGGAGCGGAAUGAAGGACGUGUAUGGAGUUGACAUGUCCUGCGUGGAAACGUUUGCCCGUAAAUGCGUCAUGAGUCAAGACAUGGCUGUGUGCCCAAUAUACCCUGAAAAUAUCCUCUCCCACCCUGUGAAGUUUGCCACUUUGAACCUUGCCACUAUCACACAGGAUGACAUUGCUACCAUCGCAGGUUCCUUCAGGUUCUGCUGCUAUGGUUCCUCCUUGAUGCAUGGAUUCGCUGUCUGGUUUGCUGUCAGUUUUCCUGGAGAGAAUAGACUUACGUUAUCUACAUCUCCAUAUGGUCAAGAGACGCACUGGAAGCAAACGAUGCUGUACCUGGAGGAAGAGGUACAUGUAGAGCAGGAUACAGAGAUUUCUGGAGACAUCCGUAUGUCACCUUCUGAAAACAAUGCAAGACACUUGUGUGUAUCUAUCACCUAUUCUAUAGGUGGAGGUGCCUGUAAGACAAGGAACUUCCAGAUGGGAAAUUGA